AGUAACAAGAUCAAUUUAUAAGCCCAUGUUUCCUCCAUGAUUAGAUAUAUUCUUCUCUACAAUACUCAAUCACGACAGAAAUCUUCGCAAAGUCAUGCCUUUAUACCACAUAGUACUGUUCCGGCUAAAGCCGUCAACGCCGGUGGAAAGCUUGAAUGAAUUCAAAAGGAGAGCCGCGGCAAUGGUAUCGCAGGUUCCUGGCCUCUUAAGGAUAGACAUUAAUAGCCCAUGGCCUGACACGGCACAUAGAAGUAGAGGCUACAACAUGGGUCUCGUGGCUGUCUUGGAGAAAGCGGAGGACAUAGCGGGCUACGCAACUCAUCCAGCCCACCUAUAUACCCAUGAACUUCGUAAUGAGAUCUGCGAGGAUGACACUCUUGCAUAUGACCUGGAAUUCCCGGCUUGAUGAGUCUAUUUCGAAUAGAUCAGAAGAGUACGAUAUGUCUACGGUCAGAUUAUCUCAUUAUUCUACUUCUACAUGUGCAUUCAACCCCACCUGGCCCGUAGACACUUGGUGACCAAAGCAUCUUGGACAUGGAUCAAUAUUAUUGUCCGCCUCUCCAAUUAGUUU